AAAGCCUCUCUACUUAAAGAGACAAAACACACAUUUCUAUUUUUUGUUUUAUUCAAAGAGAAAAAAAAAAAUGAAGAGCAACAACAACACAAACACUAAUCUAAUUCUCUUCCACCACCACUCACCACUAACUUCAAAAUCAACCUCCGCCGCCGUCGCCGCCGCGAACCACCACCGUCUUUUAUUCAUCUUCUUCCUCUCUUUCUUCACUCUCCUCUUCUCUUUCUCUCUCUUCUCCUCCUCCUCAAUCCACUCCACCACAACAAAAACCUCUCACUCUCUCUCCUCAUCUCCCUUCUCCUCUUCUUCCCUACCACCACCAGUAACCGCCGCGCUCCUCCACUACACUUCCUCAACACCACCAAACACAUCAAUGUCGUUCCUUGAACUCACCACCAUCUCCACCAUCAUCAACUCUCAUGGCCCUUCUUGUAACCUUUUAGUCUUCGGACUAACUUAUGAAUCUCUUCUUUGGAGAUCUAUAAACUUCCAAGGCCGUACUGUUUUUGUUGAUGAGAGUCCUUACUCUGUUUCUAAGUUCGAACAGAGUAACCCUGGAGUUGAAGCUUAUGAUGUUGUUUACUCAACUAAAGUCUCUCAAGCUACGAAGCUUCUUGGUUAUUACAAAACUAAAAACGAGUGUAGACCUGUUCAGAAUCUCUUGUUCUCAGAUUGUAAGUUAGGUAUUAACGAUUUGCCUAAUUUUGUUUAUGAGAUUGAUUGGGAUGUGAUUUUGAUUGAUGGGCCUCGUGGGUAUGCGUUUGAUUCUCCGGGAAGGAUGGCUCCGAUCUUUACUACGGCGGUUUUAGCAAAAAGUAAAGAUCUUGGGAAGAAGAAGAAGAUGAAGAAGACGAAGAAGAAGAAGACUGAUGUGUUUGUUCAUGAGUUUGGGAGAGAGAUUGAGAGAGUUUAUAGUGAUGAGUUUCUAUGUGAAGAGAAUCUGAUUGAGGUGGUCGGAGAUUUAGGACAUUAUGUUGUGACGGCGGCGGAGGUGGAGGAGGAGGAAAGAGAGGGUUUUGGUAAUGGGUUUUGUCGGAACUCGACGAAAUUGUCGGAGCGUGUUACGGCGGUGAGUGGUGGCGAUGAAGUCGGUGUUGUUGAUGAUGAGUGAAACUGGUGGGUUUGGUUAUUUUUUUACUUUUUAGUGGCUCUUUUGUAAUUAAAUUUAGCUUUUGUGGUCUUUUUUUAAUUUUUAAUUUUGUUUAGUCUUGUUUUUGAAUUUUUUGGAGAACGGUUACACUUAGAAAAAGCUAAGAGAUGUAACUAAAUUCCAAAAGAAAGAAAGAAAAAAAUGUCAGUUUAUUAAUGGAAAAUGCUCUAGAAAGCAUCACAAACUUGUGAUGAAAUUUAA